AACCCUAAACCCCGCCGCGGUUGCGUCGAUUUCCAUUCUGCAAGGGCGCGGGCUCGCUGAAUAAAACCAGCGUAAAACAGAAAUCCCAGAGCAUCCGUUCUGCAUAGUUGCCGCCGGCGAAAAGCGACUCUUUCUUCAAAACCCUAAAUUGCGUUUGGCCAAAAUGGCACCGCCUUCCAAGAAAUCCCCGAACAAGAAAUCAAAACCUGCGCUGAAGCAGAUUCAGAAGCCAUCCAAGAAAUCAUUCAAACCCAAAACUAAACCGGACGCUGCCGCCAAGUAUCAAGCAGUGGCUCUGCAGCUCGAAGACGAUGUCCCCGACUUCCCCAGAGGCGGGGCAAGUUCGCUUAGCCGGGACGAGCUCGAUGAAGUCCGAGCCGAAGUCGAUGCGGAGUUCGAUGUGGAGGGGAGGGGGUUAAAGAAGAAGAAGAAGAAGCUACAAAAGCGAACUCAUUCAGUAGAGGAUGAUUUAGGUUCGCUUUUUGGUGGUGGCUUUUCUGGCAAACUCCCAAGGUUUGCAAAUAGGAUCGCCUGGAAGAAUGUUACUCCUGGAAUGAAGCUAUGGGGAGUUAUUGCCGAAGUAAAUGUGAAAGAUAUUGUAAUUAGUCUUCCAGGUGGCUUGCGUGGAUUGGUUCAUGCAAGUGAAGCAUUUGAUCCCAUUUUAGAUAAUGUAGUGAAGGAUAUAGAGUUUAAUUACCUUUCCAGCAUGUAUUAUGUUGGCCAACUUGUUUCUUGCAUUGUAUUGCAAUUGGAUGAUGAUAAGAAAGAGAAGGGGAAACGAAAGAUCUGGCUUUCUUUGCGCCUUUCAUUAUUGUAUAAGAGCCUAACCUUGGAUUUUAUUCAAGAAGGAAUGGUUCUUUCUGCAUAUGUGAAAAGUAUUGAAGAUCAUGGUUAUAUACUUCAUUUUGGACUGCCUUCAUUUACUGGGUUCUUGUCAAAGAACAAUCAAGCUGAAAGCAAGGACAUUAUUACUCACACUGGACAGCUUGUGCAAGGCAUUGUCAAAAGCAUUGACAAAACUCGUAGAGUAGUUUACCUGAGUUCUGACCCUGAUACAGUGUCUAAGUGUGUGACCAAGGAGCUUAAGGGUAUUUCAAUUGAUCUUCUAGUUCCAGGCAUGAUGGUUAAUGCCCGUGUACAAUCAACCCUUGAAAAUGGAAUUAUGUUAUCCUUCCUUACAUACUUCACAGGAACUGUUGAUAUAUUUCAUUUACAUAAAACUUUCCCAUCCUCAAACUGGAAGGAUGAUUAUCAUCAGAAUAAGAAGGUAUUGGCUCGGAUUUUAUUUGUUGAUCCCUCCACUAGAGCUGUUGGUUUGACCUUGAAUCCUCACCUUCUCCAACACAAAGCUCCACCUUCUUUGGUUAAAACUGGAGAUAUCUUUGACCAUUCUAAAGUAAUCAGGAUAGAUAGAGGAUUGGGGCUUCUACUUGAGAUCCCGACCACUCCAUAUUCUACUCCAGCAUAUGUUAUUGUAUCUGAUGUGGCUGACAAGGAAAUCAGGAAAUUGGAAAAGAUGUUUAAAGAAGGGAGCAACAUUCGUGUCCGGGUUCUUGGAUUUAGGCUCUUGGAUGGGCUCGCUAUGGGUAUUUUGAAGACUAGUGCAUUUGAAGGUUCAGUUUUCACUCAUUCAGAUGUCAAACCUGGGAUGCUGGUGAAAGCUAAAGUAAUCACUGUUGAUAGCUUUGGGGCUAUUGUACAAUUUCCGAGUGGUGUGAAGGCACUUUGUCCUCUUCGACAUAUGUCAGAAUAUGAAAUAGCAAAGCCAAGAAAAAAGUUCCAGGUUGGAGCUGAAUUACAGUUCCGCGUGCUUGGAUGCAAGUCCAAAAGAAUAACUGUUACACACAAGAAAACUCUUGUAAAGUCAAAGCUUGGAAUUAUUAGUUCUUAUGCUGAUGCAACUGAAGGAUUAGUAACACAUGGAUGGAUAACCAAGAUAGAAAAUCAUGGCUGCUUUGUGCGGUUUUACAAUGGGGUACAAGGAUUUGCCCCCAGAUCUGAGCUUGGAUUAGAACCUGGGUGUGAGCCAGCUUCCUUGUACCAUGUUGAAGAAGUUGUGAAAUGCAGAGUUAUAAGUUCUAUUCCUGCUUCACGACGAAUCAACCUUAGUUUCAACAUGAAACCUGCUAGGGUUAGUGAACAAGAUAUAGUCAGGCUGGGCAGUAUAGUUUCUGGUGUUGUUGAACAAGUAACUCCUCAUGCUGCAGUAGUACGUGUUAAUGCAGAAUGUUACACGAGGGGUACAAUUACUCCCGAACACUUGGCAGAUCACCAAGGUUUUGCUAGUUUGUUCAAGUCAGUCUUGAAGCCAGGAUAUGAAUUUGAUCAGCUCUUAGUUCUUGAUGUUGAGAACGGCAAUUUAAUUCUCAGUGCCAAGUAUUCUCUUAUUAAAUCUGCUGAACAGCUCCCUUCUGGAGUUUCUGAAGUUCGCCCUCAGUCAGUUGUUCAUGGUUAUGUUUGUAACUUAAUUGAAUCUGGCUGCUUUGUCCGAUAUAUUGGACGUUUGACUGGUUUUGCUUCCAGAAGUAAGUCUACUGAUGAUCGAAGAAUUAGUCUUUCUGAAGCAUUCUACAUUGGACAAUCUGUUCGCAGUUACAUAUUUGAUGUUAGUGCUGAGACUGGCCGAUUGACAUUAUCUUUGAGGCAAUCACUCUGCUCUUCAACUGAUGCGACCUUUAUCCAAGAAUACUUCCUUUUGGAAGAGAAGAUUGCUAGGCUUCAAUUAUUGGACUCUAAAAGUCUCAAGUUGAAUUGGUAUGAUGAUUUUACAAUUGGAAGUGUUGUGGAAGGAAAAGUUACCGAUGUGAAAGAUAUUGGAGUUGUUGUCGGCUUUGAGAAGUACAAUGAUGUUUUUGGUUUUGUUGCAUACAAUCAGCUAGAUGGAGUCACUCUGAAUGCUGGAUCCAUUAUUCAAGCUGUGGUUCUUGAUGUUGCCAAGAUAGAACGCCUUGUGGAUUUGUCUUUAAAGUCCGCAUUUGUUGAAAGAUCGAAAGAAACUUAUAGCAUUGAAACUAAUCAGAAGAAACGCAAAAGAGCAGCACACAAUAAAGUACAGGUGCAUCGAACUGUAAAUACGGUAGUGGAGAUUCUGAAAGAGAAAUAUUUGGUUCUUUCAAUACCAGAGUAUAACCAUGCUAUUGGAUAUGCAUCACUGUCUGAUUACAACACACAAAAGCUCCCUCCAAGGCAAUAUGCCAAUGGGCAAAGUAUCACAGCCACCAUCAUGGCUCUUCCAAGCCCUGAAACAGCUGGGAGGUUGCUAUUGGUACUUAAAUCUAUAAGUGGGGUUACAGAGACAUCUAGUUCAAAAAGGGCAAAAAAGAAGUUCGGCUAUGAUGUUGGAGCUCUAGUUCAGGCAGAGAUUACUGAAAUAAAGCCCCUUGAACUCAGAGUGAAAUUUGGAUCUGGUUUCCAUGGGAGGGUACAUAUAACAGAGGCAAAUGAUGACAAUGUUGUUGAGGAUCCCUUUAAAGUCUUCAGAAUGGGACAAAUGUUGACUGCAGCAAUUGUUUCAAGGACCAAUAAGUCAGAAAAUAAUCGCAAAAAUAACCAGUGGGAAUUGUCCAUCAAAUCUUCACUCCUAACAGGUUCUGCAGAGACGGGAGACAAACUUAACCAUGAAGAUUUCAAUUUUUCUAUUGGGCAAAGUGUCACUGGUUUUGUCUAUAAAGUAGAUAAAGAAUGGGUUUGGUUAACAGUAUCUCGACAUGUGAAAGCUCAGCUCUAUGUUCUUGACAGUGCAUGUGAACCUGCUGAACUACAGGAAUUCCAGAAGCGUUAUGAUGUUGGGAAAGCAGUAUCUGGUUAUAUUUUGAGUGCUAAUAAAGAAAAAAAGCUGAUAAGAUUGGUGCUGCAUCCAUUUUCCACUGCCCCCAGUAGAACACUUUCUCCUGAAACUACUAAUAUAGAUGCUUCAAGCAGUCUGUCAAAUAUAGUGUCCUACAUUCAUGAAGGUGAUGUUUUAGGUGGGAAGAUUUCCAAAAUUCUUCCAGGUGUUGGUGGCAUGCUCAUCAAAUUAGAUCCACACCUUUGUGGAAAGGUCCAUUUUACUGAAUUAAUGGACACAUGGAAGCCUGACCCUGUGUCUGAAUAUCAUGAAGGCCAAUUUGUGAAAUGCAAAGUCCUGGAAAUCACUCGUUCCUUCAAGGGCACUUUCCAUGUUGAUUUGUCAUUACGAUCUUCUUUAGAUGGCAUGGAUUCUCGGAAGUCUAUUACUGGCAGCAAUAAUGAACUCCAGAAUUCUGUGUGUUCUCCAAGCCAACGUGCAGAGAAUGUCAAGGAUCUUCAUCCUAAUAUGACAGUACAGGGUUAUGUUAAGAAUGUUACACCAAAGGGAUGCUUCAUUAUGCUUUCUCGUAAGCUUGAUGCAAAAAUACUUAUCUCAAAUUUGUCUGAUGGCUAUGUUGAAAACCUUGAAAGGGAAUUCCCAAUUGGGAAACCUGUUAUUGGCAAGGUGGUAUCUGUGGAGCCCUUGUCUAAGCGAGUGGAAGUCACCCUUAAGACAUCAAUCUCAGGUGGUUUUGAGGUUAAUGAGCUAAAUAAUCUCCACGUUGGACAGAUUGUUUCUGGACGAAUUAAGCGCAUAGAAUCAUAUGGUUUGUUUAUCUCAAUUGAUCAAACAAACUUGGUUGGACUAUGCCAUGUUUCAGAGAUUUCUGAUGACCCCAUUGACUCUAUUGAAGCUAAAUACAAAGCUGGGGAAGGGGUUACUACAAAAAUUUUGAAGGUGGAUGAGGAUAGACAUCGAAUUUCUCUUGGGAUGAAGAAUUCAUAUUUUAUGGGCAAUCACUACACUCAAACUGAUUCAAAGCAAAAUUCAAUGGAUGUCUUUGACAAAUAUGAUCACAUACUGGGCACUCAAUUAACUAUUUUAGAGAAGAGUGGGCUGUCUGGGAUUCAGAACUUCGACAUUGAAGCUGAAAAUGCAGAGAUUCCCAUUCUUGCUAAUGUGGAAGCAAGGGCUUCUGUUCCUCCUCUUCAAGUCUCUCUUGAUGAUAUAGAGAGGUCAGGCAUAAAUGAUGUUUCUUGUCAAACUAAAGAGAAUAUUGAUCAUUCUGACGCCAUAGAUGAAAAGAGGAAGAGAAAGGAAAAGAAGAAAGCAAAAGAAGAGAGGUGGGAGCUAGAAAUUAGGGCUGCUGAAGAAAGACUAUUGGAGAAAGAUAUCCCCAGGAGUGCAGAUGAAUUUGAGAAACUGGUUAGAAAUUCUCCCAAUAGCAGUUUUGUCUGGAUAAAGUACAUGGCGUUUAUGCUCUCUUUAGCUGAUGUUGAAAGUGCACGCUCAAUUGCAGAGAGGGCUUUGAAGACAAUAAACAUCAGGGAGGAGUCUGAGAAGUUGAAUAUUUGGGUUGCUUAUUUUAAUCUGGAGAAUGAAUAUGGAAAUCCUCCAGAGGAGGCUGUUUGCAAAUUAUUUCAACGAGCAUUGCAGUAUUGCGAUCCCAAAAAGUUGCAUCUGGCACUUUUGGGAAUGUAUGAUAGGACCGAGCAACGCAAGUUGGCUGAUGAGCUUCUCAACAAAAUGACUAGGAAGUUCAAGCAUUCAUGCAAGGUUUGGUUAAGGAGGUUUCGGUGGCUGUUAAAGCAAAAUCAGGAUGAAGUUCAAUCCAUUGUGAAGCGUGCUGUUCUAUCCCUUCCCCGCCAUAAGCACAUCAAAUUCCUCUCACAGGCAGCUAUUCUUGAGUUCAGAUGUGGUGUUCCUGAUAGAGGAAGAUCCAUGUUUGAGAGCAUGCUUCGGGAGUACCCAAAGAGAACAGACUUGUGGAGCAUUUAUCUUGAUCAAGAGAUUCGACUUGGUGACAUGGAUGUGAUUCGUGCACUAUUUGAGCGGGCAAUUAGUUUGAGCCUUCCACCAAAAAAGAUAAAGUUUUUAUUCGAAAAGUAUCUCGAGUAUGAGAAGUCUCUAGGUGAUGAGGAGCGGAUUGAAUCUGUGAAGAGGAAGGCAAGGGAAUAUGUUGAGAACACACCUGCUUGACCUAAUUUAUUUCCAUACCAGGUAUCCACCUAUGUUGCAAAUAUACUGGGAUCAGAGUUUCCCUUGCAAUCAACAAUUUCUAGAUCUCCAACGUGCUCAAGGAAAUCUAUAGUGUUAACCCAACUACAGAGCAUUUUUUUCAUCCGAAGCCCUGCUGUGGUAGAAACCAUGUCUCCUUGUGAAUAACAAAGUUGUCUCAAUGAGAAGCAUCAUCAACUGUUUUUUUGGCCCUUCCUGGUAGUGAACAUUUGCUGUGUAGGGAACUGUUUGCCUUUGUGAUAUGGUGUCCCACUUUAAGGCUAUGCUCUUAAGAAGUAGGCUAAAAGCAGAAAUGUAUUGUCGUAAAUUAUUUGAUGAAAUGAAGUCUUAUCUUCAUCAGAAAUGUCUUCUUCCAGUUAAUGUUUUUUUUGUUUUUCUGGUUCCCUUAGGGCUAUAUAUUUCACAAAAUUCUAGGUUCGAAUAUUGUAGAGACGAAAGUAGAAAGAGAGAGUAUUAGAUUGGGAUAUGUAUACAGUGACUUCCCCCCCACCACCCCCCCGUUUGGCUGAUGGCAUGAUUUUGAAGGAGAAUGUAUACGGUUUUUGGUAUU